UUCAUAAGCAAUUUGAAGUCGAAUGCGAUGAUUUGUGCUGAAAUUGCAGUUGAUGAUCCCCCGUCCUUCACGAAGCAAGAAAUGGUCGCCGCAUUUUCAGGCCUUUUUUCCAGAGUCAUCGUCUUCCUGAAGUUCCUCCAUCGACAGUUAAAAACGCAACAAAGCCACAGUAGAGAGAGAAAGAAGAGAGAGAAAGGUAGUGACUUUGAGUUCGAUCGAACUAACCCACGAUACGGAGAGUGAGUGUGGGGUGGUGCAAAGAUCUGACCGGAUCAAAUCUCCUCCUCCCUUCAAUGGACGACUGACAAAUCUCUCUCUCUGGGACAUGGCCACCACCAUCUCCUUCUUCCUCUCCCUUUUCAUUUCCAUUCUCAGUCUGACCCUUUCAGACCCCGCCACCGCCGUCCCCGACGGCUGCUCGGGCCGCCGGAUCCACGUCCGCCGCCUGCCGCCUCGGUUCAACCUGGACCUCCUUGCCACCUGCGCCGACUACCCCCUUCUCGACGACCUCUGCCCGUAUCUGGCCAACCACGGCCUGGGCCAGCCCACCCACAACCGCUCUCGCAGCUGGUUCCGCACCGACCCCCUCAUGCUCGAGCUCGUCUUCCACCGCCGCGUCCUCGAGCUGCCCUGCCUGACCCCCGACCCGGAUGUCGCCGACGCCAUCUUCCUCCCCUACUACGCCGGCCUCGACGCCCUGCGAUACCUCUACGGCCGCGACGUCAACUCCAGCACCGAACACGGCCUCGAUCUCUACCGCUUCUUGAAAGCGAACGAUCCGGGCAUCUGGGAGAGGCGUUUGGGUCACGACCACUUCCUGGUCAUGGCCCGACCGGCCUGGGACUUCUCGCAGCCGUUGUCCAACGACCCUCCCAUUUGGGGCACUUCGUUUCUUGAAUUGCCCGAGUUCUUCAACGUCACCGCAUUGACGUUCGAGGCCAGAGCUUGGCCCUGGCAGGAGCAAGCCAUCCCUUACCCGACCUCGUUCCACCCGCCGGACUCCACGUUCCUCAAAUCGUGGAUGGCACGGGUCCGCCAGUCUCACCGCACCGCGCUGAUGCUGUUUGCUGGUGGCGGCGGCAUCUCGGCGACCCCAAACAUCAGGAGGAGCAUCAGGAUCGAGUGCGAAAAUGGGACAGAAGCUCCCGGGUCAGACAGUGGGUACUACACGAAGACCUGUGAUUUCGUGGAUUGCUCGAAUGGCAUUUGCGAGCACAACCCGAUCCGCUACAUGCGGCCGAUGCUGAAGGCCGCAUUCUGCUUGCAACCCCCUGGGGACACACCGACACGGAGGUCGACCUUCGAUUCGCUCCUUGCUGGGUGCAUCCCGGUGUUCUUCGAGGACCAAUCGGCGAGGUCCCAGUACCGGUGGCAUCUGCCGGAGGAAGAGUUCGAGGAGUUCUCGGUGUCCAUAUCGAAGGAGGAGGUGGUGUUCAAAGGGCUGAGGAUCGUCGACGUGCUGAUGAGGAUACCAACAGAGACAGUGAGGAAGAUGAGAGAGAAAGUAGUGGAAAUGAUACCGAGGAUCAUGUACAGAAGACAUGGAGGCUCACCUGGUCUGAGGUCUAAGAUGGAUGCAGUCGAUAUUGCAGUUGAGGGUACUCUGAAGAGGAUCAAAGCAAGACUCCAAGAGGUUUCAGCUUGAGCUUCACUUACUUGAGAGCGAAGUUACUACGUUCUUGUGCUCUGUUUGUAAUUGUCUUGUUUGUCUGUUGUUGUCCCUCAUUUUUUUUGUCCCACUUAUUUAUUGUCUGCAAAAAUUGCAGAAAGAACUACAUUAUAUGUAUCUGAUUAGCAAUAAAGAUUCAGAAAUAUUUCCUUU